GUGAUCAUCAUUAAUUUGAUCAUAUGAAAUCAAAAAUCAUACGCCUUCAAAUCGUCAUAAAUUUUGCAACUCCGCCUACAAAUACCCCUUAAAUUCGUUUGCUUUCUCCAAGUUAACAGGAAAAAGGGGGAAUUUUGGGUUUCUGUCGUCUCUUACUUCGCUUCCCCGCGAAAACACGAUCGAUCUUUAUCGCUUCCAAACCUUGAAUAAUUGUUUAAGAGAAGCUCACGAACGCAGAGGAUUUUAGCUACGAUUCCACAAUUUUACUGUUCUCAACACAAUCAAGGAUCUUGAGAAGAGCUCAGUCAUUUGUAACAUUGGAGGAGAAAUAUGUCCUCGCCGGAUAUUGCUGCAAUCUUAGAUCAGUCAAAGGAGCUUGAUCGUUUAAGGAAAGAUCAGGAGGAGAUUCUCCUCGAGAUCAACAAGAUGCACAAGAAGCUACAGUCAACUCCUGAGGUGGUUGAGAAGCCCGGUGAUAAUUCACUUUCAAGGCUUAAGAUGCUUUACAUCCAGGCAAAAGAUCUUUCAGAAAGUGAAGUAGCUGUUUCCAGUCAGUUGCUAAGUCAGUUGGAUGCUCUGAUACCCUCUGGGCCACCUGGGCAACAGCGAAGAAGGAUGGAAGGUAAUGAACAGAAGAAGAAAAGAAUGAAAGCUGAUCCUGAUGUGCCAAGGCUUUCUCCUUCUGUUCGUAACCACCUUGAUAUUCUUGCAAGCUUAAAGGGAGAACAAGUUGCUGCUAGGGUUACACAGGAGAAUGCAGACAAAGAUGAAUGGUUCAUUGUCAAAGUAAUUCACUUUGAAAGGGAAACAAGAGAAUUUGAAGUUCUUGAUGAGGAACCCGGCGACGAUGAAGAACCAGCCGGCCAGAGGAAGUACAAGUUGCCUAUGUCACAUAUUAUACCUUUCCCUAAACGAAAUGAUCCAUCCACUGCUCAAGAUUUUCCUCCUGGAAAACACGUAUUGGCAGUUUAUCCUGGAACAACUGCGCUGUAUAAAGCAACUGUCGUGAAUACUCGCAAGAGGAAAACUGACGAUUAUGUUCUGGAAUUUGACGAUGACGAGGAAGACGGAUCGUUGCCUCAGAGGCAUGUGCCUUUCCACAAGGUAGUUGCCCUUCCAGAAGGGCAUCGCCAGUGAAGUACAAAGAUCGGUUUCAUACUUGUUAUAUGAAGUUAUUGAGGUCCCUUGAGGUUGUAUUUGAACUCUUUUAUCGUGUCUUGUAAUAUAACUGUUUAUCGUAGCCUUUUUUUGGACUCGAAAGUUCUUUUAAAUCGAUAAUUGGUGUGUAAAGUGAGAAACUAGAUUUUCAUUAAGUCUUGUAUGGAUAAAGUUGUCUGUGUGAAUUAAUAUGUCAUGAGCAAAAUUUGUUGCAAUUUCAUUUCCGGAUUCACGA